AUGCGCGUCCUCCGGAGCGACAUUCAACGGCACCCCUCCGGCGAGCCGUCCCUAAGGCAGGCUGCGCAGCACCGCCGUCUCUACCUGCGUCCCGCUAGGAUGCCCCGGGGGCCGGGCGUGCGUGCGUGUGUGAACGUGUCAGAAACGGUCGUUCUCACCCAGCCGCCGCCCGAGCGCCCCUCUGGCCCGGGACUUGAGCCCGAUCGGCGCGCCGGGACCCGCGCAGGAGUGCGGCCCGUGCCUCAGCUGCGCCGGUCCCGGCGGGGGGGCAGCGGGGGGAAAGGUCCGGACGGCUGGGCCGAGGCCGCGCCGCCUCAGAGCGCCGAGCUGCUUGGGGCAAAACUUUGGAAACAGAAGGACUCGGAUUACCUGAGCGGCGCGGGCGCGGACUCGUCUGCGGUACGGCUGCCGGGCGCGGGCCGGGUUUUCAGCAGCCGUAAAGCGGGAGGAGCGCUCGAGCCCUCGCCCCCGAGCGGUGGCCCCGGCGCCUCCGCCGCGAGCGUCAGCCGCUUGGCAAGCCGCGAGCUGGGCUGA